CGAGCCGCUCGCACCGCGCGCACCGUCCGCCGGCAGCGCUCCACUCCGCGCUGCGUCCGCCAGCGACCGCGCAGCCCGUCCAGCCCGUGUAGUGCGUCCGCCCCGUGUCCCAGUGCAGUGCAGUGCAGUGCAGUGUCUCCGCGCCCAUGUGUGGGAAUGCCUCCCUGUUGGACCCUCGGCGCUUGCUGAUUUGCGCGGAAGCAGGAGCCGUCUUCAGCUCGCAAACGCCCAGUCCCAGCUCGAGCCCCACGCCCGUCGGGCACGUCGGGGACGACGGCAUGCAGCCGUUCCAGCCCAACAUGAUGCCCCCCGAGAUGCCGGCCAGCCCCGCGGCGGCCAGCCCCGCCGCCAGCCCGGCGGCCAGCCCGGACACGGCGACGAGGCUCCUGGUGCCGAGCAGCGCCAGCAGCAGGACGAGCAUGAGCAGUCGCAGCAGCAGCCACAGCCCGCCGCCCACGUCGACGCCCACGUCCACGUCGCGGCCGCUCACCUUCUCCAUCGCCAAGAUCAUGGAGCCGGACCGGCGCCGCGAGCCCGCCGCGUCCCCCGUGAGGGCCGCCGACGCCCUGGGCGGCGUGCUGUCGUACGCGGCGUCGCCGAUGGACUCCGCCUUCAAGAAGUACGUGCCGGCGUUCCGCGCGCACGACCUGGACCUGCUGAGCCAGUACCCGCUGCUGUACUACUACCCGGGCCCGCUGGGGUCGCGGGCCGUGCGCCACCAGAGGGAGCCGCCGCCGGCCUCGCCGGAGAGCAGGGACUCGUCGAGCAGCCCGCUGCCGCUGAUGGCGUCCCAGCACCACGCCCACCACGGCCUCAUGGCCGGGCCGCUGGGGCUCGGCGUCGGGGGCUCGGGGCCCGCGUCGUCCGGCAGCCCGCCGCCGUCCUCGCACCACUCGCCGCCCUCGCCGCCGUCGGGAGGCACCCCUGGCGGCGCGGCCGGCGGCAAGCUCAAGAGCUUCACGUGCAAGGAGUGCGGCAAGGUGUUCAACGCGCACUACAACCUGACGCGCCACAUGCCCGUGCACACGGGCGCGCGCCCCUUCGUCUGCAAGACGUGCGGCAAGGGCUUCCGCCAGGCGUCCACGCUGUGCCGCCACAAGAUCAUCCACACCGCCGAGAAGCCGCACCGCUGCGACGUGUGCGGCAAGUGCUUCAACCGCAGCUCCACGCUCAACACGCACCUGCGGAUACACCGCGGCGACAAGCCCUUCGAGUGCGAGAUCUGCGGCAAGAAGUUCCACCAGAAGGGCAACUACAAGAACCACAAGUUGACGCACAGCGGCGAGAAGGCCUUCAAGUGCGCCGUCUGCAACAAGGCGUUCCACCAGGUGUACAACCUCACCUUCCACAUGCACACGCACGAGGACAAGAAGCCCUUCACGUGCGAUGUGUGCGGUAAGGGCUUCUGCCGCAACUUCGACCUGAAGAAGCACAUGCGCAAGCUGCACGAGACGGGCGGGCCGCUGGACGCGCGCAUGGACGCGCGCAUGGACGGCCACCUCCUGGACAUGUCGACGUGCCCGCCGCCCGGCCACGGCCACGGCCACGGCCACGGCGGCAACCCCGUGCGCCGCCUCAUGUACGGCCACCCCGAGCACCCCGACGGCGUCCCCGGCGACGUCGCGCACCACCACCGCCACGCGCUGCUCGCGCCCUUCCUACUGCCGGGCUGCCCGUCCACGCCCAGCGCCUACCUGUCCGUGUCCAAGAUGUUGUGACCCCAGU